UCUGGCUUUUCUGCACAGCCUUCAGCAAGAACAAGGAACAAGCAAGGCAUCAAUCAAAAAAUCACACCAACACCAAAAUCUCUCUCAUAUUUCUCUCUCCAUUAUAAAUAGGGAAUGAAAUAGUAUAUACACAAUAUGGAUAAACACGUACUGAAGUGAUUUCCCCCCUCUCUCUCCUCCCCACCCUAUCUAUCUCUCUCUCUCUCUCUCUCUCUCUCUUCUACUGUAUUGUCUCCCACCGCCAGUAAGGAAAGCUUUGUCAGUGAGUGACGCCCAAAAGCCAAAGCGCGAAUCCGAGAGCUCAUAAAUCUUCAUAAAUCUGAUAAAAACGACGCUUCCUUGUAACGCCUUCUAAUUCUCUCUCUGCCCCUCUCUCUCUCUCUCUAUAAAUCUCCCUCUCUUCUUUUCCCACCUUAGUCUUUAUCAAAGACACAAUCUUUGAGGAACCCACUUCGAUUUCUCUGGUUUUUGAUCUGGGUUCUGCUUGUUUUGUGAUUUGGAAUUCGUUCUCUCACCUGGGUCGGUGCGUAAUCUCGCUGGAAUUAGGGUAUGAGGAAGAGGGAGAGGGAGAAUCCAUGUGGGGUUUGUGGGCACUAUCACAAAUACGAAGAAGGGGAGGUCUGUGGGGUCUGCGGCCAUAGAAUGCCGGCGGUUUCUGAGAGAACUUCGAUCCAAGUUAGUGCUUUUCCGUCUGAGAUCUUGCCGGAGUUCCUCUAUUUGGGCAGCUACGAUAACGCUUCUCGCUCUGAACUUCUCAAGACUCAGGGAAUAUCUCGUGUCCUAAAUACGGUUCCUGCUUGUCAAAAUCUCUACAAGAACUCUUUCACUUAUCACUACCUCCAAGAUGACAAGAUUUUGCAAUUUGAGGAUGCAAAUCAAUUUUUAGAGCAAUGUGAAAGGGACAAAGCUCGCGUUUUAGUACACUGCAUGUCAGGGCAAAAAAGGUCUCCGGCUAUUGUAAUUGCUUAUUUGAUGAAGUCUAGAGGAUGGAGACUAGCACUGAGUUACCAGUGGGUGAAAGAACGGAGACCAGCUGUUGAAUUAACUGAAGCUUAUUACCGGCAACUGCAGGAGUAUGAGGAAAAGAUCUUUGGAUCAACUGAUAAGAGCAACCCAACCCCACCAGCCUUCCCACCGGCAGCUGCACCUUUGUUUAGCUUUGGCUUCCCAAGAUCCAAUAAUCCAGUUCCCGUCCCUACAUUUAACAAUGUUGGUGCUACCUCCGUUUUUGCCCGGCCUCCCUUAGCCAUUCCUCCUCAAGACUUUACAUUCAGGGCCAGCCAGCCUCAAAAUAACAUCUCAGCAAGCGCUUGCAGUGCAAACCCGCAGAAUUCAAACCCCUGUGAUAUUCCAAUGGAUGGUUCUUGAGUUUUCCUGUUUCUUAAACCCCUUUUACGGAUCAAACUGUUGGAGCAAAGUAUCCCGACUCGGAUGAGUUUUAUUUAUAUCUGGAUGUAAAGUGGGAGUGACUGCUCAUACUUUUUAAGCUUAUAAGAUUUGACAGGGUGAUAAAGGAAGUUGUCAUUUUCUUUCUCUGGUUUCAUUUCUGUAAGUGGAGUUGUAUUUCUUCAUUAACGUAUGAUCCAAUACAAAAGUUAUCUUUCACUAUA